AACUCCGGCUUCACAGCCUUCAUCACAGGAGCCAGCGAGAUGAAAGUAACUACUUUCUACUUCAACAAUCUUGGCCUGCUUGAGGUGAAGUCGCUGCUGUCACCGAACCAACAUCUAACGGCCUUUGAUGACGCCAUCCGCACGGGGGACCAGGCUGAGGGGAAGUACUUCCUCUUUGAACUGGAGACCUUCUGGGGAAAGGAAAGGAUCGGUGAUUCCUGGCAUGCAAGGGUCACCCUCCACGAUGUGCUGGAGGAAUGUAUCUACGAGCAGACCAAGGUGCAUGGUCUGCUGUACGGGACAUUCUGUGAGGCAGUAGAGGAGCACCUGUUGAAGGACCUGCGGUAUAAGACGACCUGGACCAAGAAGAAUUACAGAUACAGCACAAUCUGGCUUGUGGUCCAUCGGAUGAGGGUCAACCCCUACGUCUGGAAUAACAAGGACUACAAUCCCCUCAUGGUUGUGCUGGACCCCAUCCACCCUUCUCAGUGUGAAAUGUGGUUGAUGGUGGAGAAGGGCUGCAGAGGAGAUGAAGAAAACAGAGAAGAGGCACUGGCUAUUUAUGACCAGAUGACUGAUUCAGAUGUAUCCAAAAGAAAACCCAAGUAUAUUUACCGGUGGAGAAAGAUUUGCUCCAGGAGGGAUCGCACCGUGCGAUGGCAGACCCCGGGGCUGUCUCCAAUCAGACCCGUCCCAGACCAGGCAGCCCAGCCACCUCGGCCAAGAGUUGACACCAGUGACGUCCUCAACCUGGAGACGCCAAGUUCUAGCCAGACAUCGCCAGUACUUCUUGCGGCAGCAGAACGGGCCCAGGAGCAGGACUCGGCCCCAAGUACCAGCUGGAGAAUCGUCCCGCCAAGACUCAAGACCAACUCCAAGCAAGCGUCUUCCUCCAAGAAGCGGAAGUCAUUUACAGGGGAAGAGAGUGUUUGUGCAAAGAAAGAUAAGCAGCGUCACGAGCCUCUACAGCGAGUGUCUUCAGCCCCUUCACCGCCCUCCUCUGACGGUGUGACUCGCAAAUCCUCCAACCUACCCGAGCCUCUGCAGCGUGUGUCCUCAACCCCUUCACCGCCCUCCUCUGACGGUGUGACCCACAAAUCCUCCAACCUACCCGAGCCUCUGCAGCGUGUGUCCUCAACCCCUUCACCGCCCUCUGACGGUGUGACCCACAAAUCCUCCAACCUACCCGAGCCUCUGCAGCGCGUGUCCUCAACCCCUUCACCGCCCUCCUCUGACUGUGUGACCCACAAAUCCUCCAACCUACCCGCUUCUUCAAGGUGCGUGCACAGAGGAGGGAAGAGACGCAGGAAGCUCCCGUACAUCACCUCUGAUACCAAGGACAAAGGUGGCGGGCGAGCUGGGGGACGGAAUUCACGUUGUCGGCACGAUGGCUCAGGCCGGGGCUGUGGAGGCGGAUGGCCCUCAAGUGAAAAUCUUCUAGUAAUGUUCUGUUUUGUUUUGUUUUUGUUCCUAGUUUGUUUUUUCUUUUUUGUGUUAGGUGCUGCUACUUACUUCCUUGUCUCGAUGCUGAAUGGUGGAGUGUGUUCUUGUUGUUAUUAAAAGAUUCAGAACAUUACACGG